GUCCACAGAGCAGCAUUGCAGACUGUGCCCACCUGUGCCAGGAUGCCCGACGCCACACUGCCUGCCUUCUUCCUCGGCCUGCUGGCCUUCACCUCCGCUUGCUACUUCCAGAACUGCCCAAGGGGCGGCAAGAGGGCCACGUCUGACCUGGAGCUGAGACAGUGUCUCCCCUGCGGCCCCGGGGGCAAAGGCCGCUGCUUCGGGCCCAGCAUCUGCUGCGGGGACGAGCUGGGCUGCCUCGUGGGCACGGCCGAGGCGCUGCGCUGCCAGGAGGAGAACUACCUGCCGUCGCCCUGCCAGUCGGGCCAGAAGCCGUGCGGGAGCGGGGGCCGCUGCGCCGCCGCCGGCAUCUGCUGCAACGACGAGAGCUGCGUGACGGAGCCCGAGUGCCGGGAGGGCGCCAGCUUCCCACGACGCGCCCGGGCCAGCGACCUGAGCAACGCGACCCUUCUGGACGGGCCGAGCGGGGCCUUGCUGCUGCGGCUGGUGCAGUUGGCGGGGGCGCCGGGGCCCGCUGAGCCCGCCCAGCCCGGCGUCUACUGA